CAAUAUGUUUGAGACAAUUUUAUUCUACUUCUUCAAUUUAUUUUUAUGCAAGAAAUUAUUCUGUCCAGCAUAUUAUCUGUCCAAUUCCACACUAUAAUGAAAAAAUAGCAAAUCUUAAUAACUCUAACUUUGAAUAUGUUAUUGUAUAUAUUAUAUUUGAGUAGAUUUUAAUAUUUUAUUUUAUAGAUGGAAAUUGUAAACGGAAAAAAAGAGGGAACUAUUAAAUAUAUAUAUGAAGGUUAUACAUACCAUUUAGAUAAGCGUAAUAAUGUUUUACGUUGUGCUAAUCGAAAAUUGACCAAAUGCACAGCUUGUUUAAUCAAGAAUAAUGAUAAUUUUAUUAUCAAACAUUCACAUAAUCAUUAUCAUAAUCCUCAGCUUAUUGAUAUUAUCAAAUUAAAAGAAGAUAUGAAAGAUAUGUCAAAAGAAACUGAUUUGAAACCGAAAGAAAUAUUUGACUUUGUUUGUCGAAGUAAUCCACUUGUGGGUUCAUGCAUCACAUAUUCAUCUAUGAGAACAAUUCUGCAUCGAAUAAGAAAUAGCUGUUUUCCUCCUAUACCGAAUUCUAUGGAGGAAUUAAAAGAUAGUUUGCUAAAUUAUGAGGCAGUAAAAGAAAUAUAUAAAGGAUAUGCCAUAUCUACUAAUAACGAAAUAGCUAUUAUUUUUAGUACUGAUAUUUUAUUAGUUGCAUUAGCAGCAUCUACAGAGAUAUAUGUGGAUGGAACAUUUUCUGCUGUUCCACGAUUUCCACAUGUUGCACAAAUGUAUACUAUACAUAUUCGAUACAUGGAAACAAACAUUGCUGCAGUAUAUGUUUUAUGCGAAAAACGUACUAAAUCAAUGUAUAAUGCUAUUUGGAAGAAGAUUAAAGAAUUAGCUCCUGAUUUUCAAAAAAAUCUACAUUUUAUUAUGUCAGAUUAAAAAAGCAGCAGCAAUCUCAUCAAUGAAUGAAAAUUUUCCUCAAUCGAAAAUUCAUGGCUGUUGGUUUCAUUUCAACCAGGCUAUUCUGCGCAAAUGGCGUAAUUUAGGUCUAACGCAAGCUCCAACAGACUUACUAAGCAUUGCAAUGAACAUACCUUUAUUACCGGCUAAUUUAUUUCCAAACGCCUAUAUAAUUAUGCAAGAUAUUGCUAAUUCUAUAUCUUUUCAAUAUCCUAAUAUAAUAAAGUUCUUAAAAUAUAUGACUGAUACGUGGUUACCAAUAGCAGAGAAAGUUAGCACUUUUGGUUGUCCUGUAAGAACAAACAAUGCUGUAGAAAGUUUCAACAAUAUAGCUGCACAGAAACUUCGAAAACCACAUUCAAAUAUAUGGAUAUUUUUAGAUAAUUUAAAAAAAUUAAUUAUUGAUCAAGAAAUAGAUUUUUUUCGUGUGAAGAAAGAUUUGAAUCCUCGACGUACAUAUAGACGUGUAAAUCGGGAAAGAAACACAAAAAUUGCCAACGCUCAAACCGCUCUAAUUGAGGGGAGACUGCCUCUUCAGCAAUUCUUACGAAUAUUUCACAAAUUUAAUAAGCAAUUUUUACAACGCGAGAUGAAUGGAGAAUUUAAAGGUUUGUAAUUUUAUUUAUUUAUAAUUU